GUCGCAUAACCCCCCUAUUUGCCUUUAAUGGUGCAUGCGGAAGCUGAGCUUGCCCGCAGCAUCACCCAGGGUUUGGGACAGCCCAUGAUAUGUGGGUGGGGUUUCGCGUAGCCAGAGCCCUGCCUUUCUGCUUUUUGUUAAUGAAAGUUACAGGAACCUUAUUUUCCUGCCUUUCUAGUUGAUUCAAUAGUGACUGGAGCCCCGAUCUGACCCCCGCCGCCUUCAUUUACUGGAGCACUAGGAGCAGGGUCAGGCCAGGUCCUUCGGGCAGCGCUUUAGGAGCUGCUGGCACAGCCUGGGCAGAUACAUCGCGUACUAACACGGGAGUGCGACUCUGGUAGAUCGACUGUGCAGAGGAUGAUAUUUUCCAGUGUCCCCAUGAGGAUCCCCAGCGGGAAGCUGACCUAUGUUUCGGCAGCGCAGCACAUGGCUCCUCCCAGCCCCAGUAACAGCAGCGGAGGUGGAGAAGGAGGAGGUGGUGGAGGAGGGGAACAGUUAAGCAAAACUAACCUGUACAUCAGAGGGCUUCAUCCUAGCACCACAGACCAAGACCUGGUGAAACUCUGCCAGCCGUAUGGAAAAAUUGUCUCUACCAAGGCCAUUUUAGAUAAGACAACCAACAAGUGUAAAGGAUAUGGGUUUGUGGAUUUUGAUAGCCCAGGAGCAGCCCAGAAGGCAGUAACAGCUCUAAAAGCAAGCGGCGUGCAAGCCCAGAUGGCAAAGGUGACUAGCAAUCUCUCCACACACACACUUAGACAUCAACAAGAGCAGGACCCCACAAACUUGUACAUCUCUAACUUGCCGGUCAGUAUGGAUGAGCAGGAGCUGGAGUCCUUGCUAAAGCCAUUUGGACAGGUUAUUUCCACUCGUAUCCUGCGCGAUGCCAGUGGGACCAGCCGAGGGGUCGGCUUUGCAAGAAUGGAAUCCACAGAGAAAUGUGAAGCUGUGAUUAGUCACUUUAAUGGGAAAUAUAUCAAGACUCCUCCUGGGGUUCCAGCUCCCCAGGAACCCUUACUUUGUAAGUUUGCAGAUGGUGGACAGAAAAAAAGGCAAACCCAGGGAAAGUACAUUCAAAAUGGACGUGGCUGGGGGCGAGAGGGAGAGACGGGUGGCAUGACCUUGACAUAUGACCCUACAUCAGCUUUGCAGAAUGGGUUCUACACUGCCCCAUACAGUAUUGCCCCAAAUCGGGUGAUAGCUCAGGCGGCUCUAUCCCCCUACCUGCCGUCACCUGUAUCUUCUUAUCAGGUUCACAAUCCUUCUUGGAUGCCUCAUCAAUCUUACCUCAUGCAGCCUACAGGAACUGUCCUUACUCCCACUAUGGACCAUGCUAUUUCCAUCCAGCCUGCUUCCAUGAUGGGACCUCUGACUCAACAGCUGGGACACCUAUCGCUUGGCAGCACUGGAGCGUAUAUGCCAGCUGCAGCCGCUAUGCAGGGGCCUUACAUCCCCCAGUACCCGUCCGUGCCUUCCACUGUCUCCAUAGAGGAGAGCAGCGGGCAGCCUCAACAAGUUGCCGUGGAAUCUACCACAGAACACGCCACGUACUCCUACCAGUGAAAGCAGUACCUGUGGGUUCAAGUGAGAAACUCUGUCAGCGCUGGAAGUGACAAGAUGAACUGCGCAGGGCUGAACAUGCAGCUGUACUGAACCUCGGGAAAAUGGCAAAAAAAAAAAAAACAAGGGGAGGGAAGGGUGAUUUAAAAACCCGAUUUAUUUUUCUUUCUUUCUUUUGCAAAGAAGCAUUUUUACUGCAAUAAACUUAAAACUUCCAAGGAACCAAAGCAGCUAUGAAAAAAAAACUUAAUAAAUCAUAUGGAACCGGAACAGACUUUCAAAUCUUGACUGAAAAACAAAAAGUAAAAAAAACAAAAAAAAAGUAAACAAAAAAAACUUUAAAAAAACAAAAUUCUAUUUUAAUAAGAGGAUUUUUUUCGUCAUUUUUUUACCGUAGAAUAUUUUUUUUUCUUAAUUUAAAUGCGUUUCAUAUGUGGAAAGCGCAGUAACAGGACAUAAGACGGUGGAUCAUUUGCAAAACAGAAACUGCAAAGGGGAAGUUGCAAUUUUGCUGCCUGACACCAUUUUUUUCACAUCAUAUUUUUGUGGACUGUAUUUGGAACUUGAUUUUUUGUUUAUUUUUCUUUUCUUUUAUUGUUUUUUUUUUUUUUUUAAAGAAAAAGAAGUUAUAUGCAAAAGCUGUUUUCGAAUGGGGGGUUUCUAAGUAUUUAGUUUGUAAGUUUUGGAGUUGUUACAGUCCCUCUUUUGGAUUGCCUACCUUGUCUGAAGGGAAGCCACUUCCAAGCAGGCCAAAAAAAUUGGAUGCCACGUGACAGCUGUUAAACUGGUGGGACAGAAGGCGAAAGGAACAGAAGAGCUUAUGCCACAAGCCCCUAUUUAAUAUGGUGAGAAGUGCAGCCAGCACUGUUCAUUUCAAUAGGAUACAGUACUUCUAUGAGCUUGGUUUGGAAUGAUACAUAACAUAUUUAUAGUGGCCUCAGAAAGAACAGAAAAGGUGCAGGAGAGUUGUCAGAAAAGAAUGAAGUUGUUCCAUCUUCACACCUGCUUGCUUUAUGUUUAAAUGCAUAAUGUGCAUAUAGCCCUGGCUCUAUACUUGGCUAAAUCUUUCUUUUGUAUGUGUAGAAAGGGUGCAAUAAGUCUGGCCCCGGCUUCUGCAGCUGUGAUGGGGUUAUGUUGUAACACAGACAAAGUUUGCCUCAGUCCAGCAACUCACAGGAACCAGUCAGUGUUCGUUUUUAUUAUUGUAACGGAAUCAGGCCGAUACAAAUAACUGGUGAUUGGUUACUGCAGUUAUAGCUAACCUAUGGGUCAUAACACAAAAUCUAAGACUAGAAGGGUAAUUUACAAACUGUGGAGAAGGGUGUAAAGUGCGCUUUAUUCCUUGCCCUGUGUUGUGCCCAGUAGUAAGGCAUUAUAGGGGUUGGAUAUAUGAGAUGUCACCCAAGUAGGUGUCCCCUAUCCCACCCCUAUACUUGUCCAUCAUUGUACAAGUAAGGGGGUGCUGGAGAUGCAUGGUGCUACAGGGCCCUGUACUUGCGGUUUGCCUUUGGUGGUGGUAAGAACAGGGCUGCGUUUUGCCUGCAGCGCUCAUCUUAAAAAAAAAAAAAAAAGCCUCAAAAACACUGGAUUACUGAGGCAGGACAAACAUUGACUAUGUUACUACUUCACUAUAUAAAUAGAUCACUAAUUUCUGUGGGUUUCUGCACUAGAGGAACUUUAGGAUGUUGCAACUAUAAGGCAACAGAGAGAUUAAUAUUCAACUUCAUUUUUGAUAUAGUGCCACCAAGUGGUGAAGUGCUUUAUAAUAGUUUUAUAACAGACAAGGCUCAUACAAUAAAUGAACAAACAAGCUUAGAUAAUAAAAUAGUAGCAUUAUAGGGUCCUGCUUGCGAAUAUAUAACAACACCACAGGAAAAUGAAGGAACACAAUGAGGGCUAAUCAUCUGAAGUAACUCGGCAGGUCUAGUAACUACUGUACCCCAUAAAUACCAUCAGCUCAGUGAAUUCGGGAUGAUGAGUCUUCUCUGAGCAUUGCUCUAGGCAGAGAUAUAUAUGUGCUAUUAGUUCUGAAAAUAGAAGCUUGGCUUCAGCUUUCAGUUUAUGAAGUAGUCACAUUGUGUAGCCACUGACACUUAUACAUGGGGCCCUGCCACGCUCAGCCUCUAGGGGGAUCUUUUGUCUCUUGCUGCUUUAUGAAAUGUCUUUACUACAUUGCCUUGAUUAGGUACCUGCUCACUGGGUGACAGGAUUUGCUGCCUUCCCGACACACACAGAUAUGCCAGGGUAGCUUGCUGGUAGCAAUAUAUAGCUGUGGGCUCUUCAUGUAGCUUUCCAUGUUGUUGUGCAUUUCCACCUAGAAAAGUCCCUCUUUCUAAGGCUAAAAGGACAUCGCAGCUGUAAAUAUGUAGUGAUGCAGAAAUAUUGUUAUACAUGUAGGCCCCCUUUAUUUGCAGUCUCACUGCCCAGCAGAUCAGUUGCAGAGUUUGAUCAGGUGCCUCGUGCUGUUCUAUAAUAUUCCUUCCAAAAUUCCUUUAUUUAGGAAUAAGUGUAGCAGCCCAAAACCUGGCAUUUCUUGGUGGGUGUAAAUACAUCAGCCAUUGCUCUGAGCUGAUUCUCUUUUUUACCUCUUCUGUACAUAAUUGGGUGCUUUAUCCAUUCAUUGUGGGAGGGAGGCUGUGGGUUCUUUAAAUGUAAAUAAACAUGUUUGAGCCGA